AUGUUCGCCCUCCGCCUCCCCUUCCCCGCCGGAAAACGCGCCGCCGCUUGCUCCGCCAAGCUCCUCCGCAGCAGCCGCCCCUCCUGCAGCGUCCCCGCCGCCGACACCGCUUCCUUCUUCCAGCUCCACCCCACGCGCCGCCGCCGCGGCGGCGCCCGUUUUUUCUCCCCCGGAGUUCUCGCUUUCCGGCCACUCCUCUGUGCUCAAAAACAGGACGCCCUCGACCUCCCGCCGCUCCCGGAGCUUCCCACCCUCCCGCCGUUGCCGCCGCUGCCGCCGCUCCCCGGAAUUCCGUACCUCCCGCCGGCGAAUUUGGGCGACAGGGACGGAACUCCCGAACCGGAUUUCUUCCUCCCGCCGAAUCCUCUCCUGCCGCCGCCGGCGCUAAUUCCUCCGAUCAUACCUUCCCCUCCGCCGUCAAUUUUCCCUCCGAUCUUCCCUUCGCCGUCUCCUCCGCCAUUCGUCCCGCCGAUAAGCCUCCCGCCAAUUCCUGGACUCAUCCCGCCCCCUUCACCGCCGCCGCCGUCGCCGCCGAGCUUUCCGAUUCCGAUCCCGCCGCUUCCCGGACUCGGCCCGUCACCGCCGCCGCCGCCUAGUUCUACGGAUCCACUGCCUCCAUUUCCCUUCCAACCGAAGUCCGGGAUCCCCGGUGUGCCGCCGGCGGGUAUUUCGCCGGAAAGGAUGAAGGAGGAAGCAUCAAUGGCGUCCGAACAGUUCUUGAAGAAGAUAUCUGCUUUCAAUGGGCCUCAUUGA